AUGGUCCGUAUUAUCGACGCAGCCGUCCUCCUCUUUGCCGGCCUCGCCUCCGCGGGCGUGUCCACCGAUGGCGUUUGCAAUCAAAACGGCAACACAUGCCAGGGCAGCGUGUUCGGCAACUGCUGUUCCCAGUACGGAUACUGCGGCAGCACAGAUGCUUUUUGCGGUACGGGCUGCCAGUCCGCGUGGGGAUCUUGCUCCGGUGGCAACACUGUUGCACAGCCCGUCCUGAAGGUCACCACCGACGGCACCUGUGGUGGCGCUUCUGGCCUUACAUGUGCCGGCUCCCCCUUUGGCACGUGCUGCUCCGAGUACGGCUACUGCGGCUCUCUUAGCGCCUAUUGUGGAACAGGGUGCCAGGCCGGGUUCGGGUCCUGCGGCGACGUCUCCUCGCCUUCCAGCGUUGUGAACCCUCCUCCGGCCUCAUCCAGCUCGUCUCCGGCUUCCGGCGGCAGCGUCAGUCAGGACGGGACCUGCGGAGGUGCCGGGGGUAAGACCUGCGCGGGGUCGGCAUUCGGUAAAUGCUGCAGCAGCAGUGGGUGGUGUGGUGACACUGCCGCACACUGUGACGCUGGAUGCAAUGCAGCCUUUGGAACCUGUAACGGCGCCGCUGUCUCUCUCUCCGUUCCAUCCACCACGACGACUUCCUCCGCAACUCCGUCAUCGACCGUCAAGAUUUCCCCCGAUGGAUCAUGUGGCGGCGCCGACGGCUAUACGUGCCCCGGAACCCAGUGCUGCUCCAAAAGAGGUUGGUGCGGUAGCGUGGGCGACGCCUACUGCGGCGUAGGCUGCCAGCCGGCGUUCGGCACAUGCCAGUCCUGCCCGGGCGGCGGCUGCAGCAGCGUUGUGCAGGGGGGCACGCCGAGCUGUCCCCAAGACGGUGACAAGUGCUACAUCCAGAACGGCAAGAAGUUCAAGAUCGACUGCUACGGCAAAUCGGGCGUAGGCCUCCCCGUCACCACGAGCAACGGCAAAACUGCUACCUCGGACGCCAAGACGCUCGCCGGCUGCCUGAACGACUGCGCCAAGGUCGAGGGCUGCGUGGCCGCGAGCCUGGCCACCCCCUUCGGCCAAACCACCUGCGGCCUGCUCAGCACCUUUACGGGCUACAGCGACAGCAGCUUUGGCAUCGGCUGGAUCGCCCGCAUCAUGCCCGCGAACUGCGGCUGA